GUCCGUAUCAAAGCUGGGGAAGCGCUAGCUGCGUCUUGCAUUCCGCAUUCUCUGACUUUUCUCUCCGCCAAGUCACACGGACAUAAUGGCGGCCUCUUCCCUCCAGGCUCGCUUUGCUUGCAGCAGGGCUGCAUUUGCGGCUCCGGGGUCUGCCAGACAAAGCAGCAGCCGCACAUUCUGCGCACCUAUCGCCGCUUAUUCUGCGCCAGCAUUGCAAUGCAGGUUGCAGAAGACAGUUGCGGCAGGUUCCUAUGCAGGACUUAGAAAGGCGGGGGUCCUCGACGCACAGGAGAAGCAUGCCAGCCUCGCUCAGCAGGUCAGCAAUGCGGCGCCGAGGGCGUCCUCCCGGCGCAGUGCCGGCGUGACCAUGAGCGCCAGCGGCGAGCCAAAGAAGAUUCUCAUGAUGGGAGGCACGCGCUUCAUCGGCCUGUACCUCGCCAGGCUGCUCGUCAAAGCUGGCCACGAGGUGACGCUCUUCACCAGGGGGAAGACGGCUGUCACGUCACAGCUGCCCGGCGAAUCUGACGCUGACUACAAAGAGUACGAGUCAAAGGUGAAGCACAUCAAGGGCGACCGCUCCGACCCCGAACUCGUGAAGAGCCUGCUGGAAGGCAAGGGCUUCGAAGUCGUCUAUGACAUCAACGGCCGCGAGGCUUCCGACGCCGAGCCCAUUUUGGACGCCAUCCCCGAGCUGGACCAGUACAUCUUCUGCUCGUCCGCGGGCGUGUACCUCAAGUCCGACCUGAUGCCGCACUUCGAGUCCGACGCCGGCGACCCGAAGUCGCGCCACAAGGGCAAGCUCGACACGGAGUCGCUCCUCGAGAAGCGCGGCGUCAAGUGGACCAGCGUUCGUCCGGUUUACAUCUACGGACCGCUGAACUACAACCCGGUGGAGGAGUGGUUCUUCCAGCGGCUCAAGGCGGGGCGGCCGAUCCCAGUCCCCGGGUCGGGGAUGCAAAUCACGCAGCUGGGGCACGUCAAGGAUUUGGCGGAGGCGUUCGUGGCGGUGCUGGGCAACCCGAAGGCGAUCGGCCAGGUGUACAACAUCUCGGGCGCCAAGUACGUCACCUUUGACGGCAUCGCGCGCGCAUGUGCCAAGGCGGGCGGCUUCCCGGAGCCCGAGAUCGUGCACUUCAACGCCAAGGACUUCGACUUCGGGAAGAAGAAGCCGUUCCCCCUGCGCGACCAGCACUUUUUCACAUCCAUUGAGAAGGCUGAGGCUGACCUGGGGUGGACGCCCAAGUUCGACCUGGUCGGUGGGCUCAAGGACUCGUACGACCUUGAUUUCGGCCGAGGUACUCAGCGGAAAGAAGCGGACUUCAGCACCGACGACAUGAUCCUGGAGAAGGUCGGCAAGAAGAAGCACUAAUCAGGAAAGGACCAAAUUGCACGCCAUGUUUUUGCGCGAGUUGACACUGGCAGGAGUUGUAACUUUCUGUCCGACCAGGUAUGUAUUGGCAGUACCUUCUUGAUAAGAAUAUUUUUGAGCUCUUCGCACAUCAUUAAUUUGCUGUACGCAUGACCUGUUAAGUUUCGGUUAGGUUUGAGGGGGACUGCACGUUGUCAUUUCUCGCAGCUACAUCACAAAA